UUCUUUAAAUCCGAAAUCCCGGACUCUUCUUAGUCUAGCAUCUUCCUUCCAAAAAAUAAGCCGAAUCGCCUCAACAACUUUUUCAACCUUUUCAAUACUCGCCCGAACUACACCUACUAUCUCUACGAACAACCACAAACCAUAAAUCAAGAUGCCUCGCAACCGUUCCGCCGCCAGACCCGCUCCCGCUCGUCCUUCCGUUCCCGCCAGAGCUCCUGCCGCUCAGCAGUCGAGACCAGCGGCGACGUAUGCCCCAACUCAAGGCGCACAGCAACAUCCUCCCGCGCAGGCCGCUCCCCAGGCCUCGCAAGGUCCCGGUCUAUUCGGUCAGAUGGCCAGCACUGCUGCCGGUGUCGCAGUAGGUUCCUCCAUCGGCCACGCCAUCGGUGGUUUCUUCGGCGGCGGCUCCUCCGCCCCGGCCGAGGCUGCUCCCCAGCAAGUCAACACCCAGGACCAGCAGCAGAACCAGUGGGGCAACAACUGCCAGGGCGCCACGCAGAACUUUACCAAGUGCAUGGAUGACCACUCAGGUAACAUGCAGAUCUGCGGUUGGUACCUCGAGCAGCUGAAGGCUUGCCAGACUGCUGCUAGCCAGUACUAGAUCAUUGAUCUAGAAUAGGAAGGAGUGGAUUUGGGGAGAAGGAUGGAAGGAAGGAAAUUAAAAAAAAAAAAAAAAAAAAAAAAAAAGGAACACACAUCGGUUCUUUUGCUACUACGUUCGUUCGUCGCUAGGUACCUAGAGAAGCGAGCGUGUAGACCUCAUUUAUGAUGUAUUCAAGAAUUACGUACCUAUUUGUGCAUAGCAUGGGCUACGAUGAUGAGGGGCGUGUGGCUUUGUAUAGUAUUGCCCAACGAUCCACUCAAGUAAAUACUUUACUUUCCCCUCUAAUCUUGUGUGUGCC